AUGGAGAGAAAAGAUGAUCCAAACACAGUCUCACUGAAUGAGGUUUUCGAUUGUUUUCAGUUGGUUAACAGGAUUAACGAACCAACGCAUGAAUUAGGUGGUGUUUUGGACUUGAUCGUUACUUCUCGCUCUUUUCCUAUCUUUAAUAGUUUGAUUUUUCCCAGUGGAGUGUUAUCAGAUCAUGGAUUAAUCCAGCUCGUACAUUCUGUCAACGUAAAUCCAACCGCUAUUGAAGAUCAUAGUCAUCGAUUCAGCUCAUUUGAAGUUGUUACACCAGCGGAAAUCAAAAACAUCAUCAAAUCAUCUUGCAAUAAGACUUCUACACUGGAUCCAUUCCCUUCCAGAACCACAAUUCUUGAUGAAAUGGACCUGGCAGCUGCCUUCGACAUCAUCAGUCAUGAUAUAUUACUUCGUCGCCUGGAAGUGGUAUUUGGUGUCAAGGGUUCCGUCCUUUCCUGGCUAUCUCCAUACUUAACUGGUCGCAGUCAAUUUGUUUAA